AAACCACUUAGAGGUUGCAGGAAAGCAGCACGGUGCGUUAGUGGAUGGACAUUGGCAGCACAUACAUGGAACGUAGUCCCAGCUCAUCCGUCACGCGGAACACCUAUAGCAGAGUGAGGUGGCGCACGGAUGAGCGUUUCUAUGCACAAACCAGAGCGUGUCAGGGGCGCAAUAAUGUGAGUAGAGCAGACAAAGAAUGGGAGGGAAGAUGUAACAUUCACAGACACACACCAGUCUCCCCCUCCCUCCUGUGUUUAGUCCCAUUAAGGGGAGGGAAUGGGAGCGCAGCAGUGAGAGAUCAGUAGCUUGAGGAUCACUGGUAGCGGCAAACAUGUCCGUCCCACGGCAUCAAGCGGAGUCCUUAGUCUCCAUCCCAGCAGUGCAGGAAGCGGCUCCCCGGCUCCUCGCUGUCACUCGCCGCUCCUGAGGCAGGAGGAGGAUCAGGUAUCGUGUUCCCUGAAUCAUCGUCAUCAGUAAGUGCCAGAAGAACCGGAGCAAAACUGAGCCAUGAAACCAAACUUGAAGCAAUGGAAACAAUUCAUGCUAUUUGGUAUCUGUGCAUGGGGUCUCCUGUUCCUCGUAAUCUUUGUUUACUUUACGGACAGCAAUUCUGUAGAACCAGUACCAAGUCCUUUCUCUUAUGUAGAGUCUAAGAAAAAUUUACCAAUUCAGGGUAGGCAGCGGGCCAUAAUGGGAGCACAUCAGGAUCAAUCAUUCUCGUAUGCUAUUGACAACCAAGAUUUACUUAAAGAAGGCAUUUUAGAUUCCUUUAUUCUGGGCCCAGGUAGUAUGAAAAAGAUGGCUAGCACAGAGCAUUAUUUUGAAAGUGAACAAGAAUUUAUUAUGUCAGAAAAACUCAAAAGUCCACAUCGUAAUAAUCGUGAAAAAGAUGGUGAAAUCUAUUCACACAACAAUUUGGAUUCAGUUUCUGGAAAGAAGGCCUUGGCUUAUAGUAAAAGGUAUUAUCAUGAAACACAUGCACAGCACAAAAAAUUCAGAAGGAAUAUGCAACACAAGAGACAGCAUAUGAUUGAAGACUCUUAUGACUGGAAUGGAUUUUCUUCAGCAAUGUCCAAAUCUUUUCUGCAGAAACUGUGGAAGGGUAAUGUCUCAUCAAAAAUGUUGACACCACGUCUACAGAAAGCUAGACGAGAGUACCUCAGAGCUAAUAAACUUGGUGUUAGUUUCAAUGGCAAACAGAAAAACUCCAGGAAACUGAAUCCCCAAGAACUUCUUUGUGUUCUCAAAGAUCGAGCCCAAGUUCAAACUUUGGAUGGAAGGGAGGCUCCGUUCUCAAAUCUUGGAUGGGAAAAGUAUUUUCCCAAAAUACCUUUGAAUAAAUUAUAUCCUCGUGGCUUCGCAACUUGUGCAGUAGUUUCAUCAGCUGGAGCAAUAUUAAACUCCUCUCUUGGGUCAGAGAUUGAUUCUCAUGAUGCAGUGCUGAGAUUUAAUUCUGCACCGACAAGGAACUAUGAAAAAGAUGUUGGAAACAAAACAACGUUACGUAUUAUAAAUUCUCAGAUUCUUACCAACCCAAACCACCAUUUUACUGACAGUUCAUUGUAUAAAGAUGUCACUUUAAUUGCUUGGGACCCCUCUCCAUAUUAUGCAGAUCUUCACAUGUGGUACCACAAGCCAGACUACAACCUAUUCCCACCAUAUGAGAAACAUCGUAAAAGGAAUCCUGACCAGCCCUUUUAUAUCCUUCACCCAAAAUUCACAUGGGAGUUAUGGAAGAUAAUUCAGGAGAACAGUAAUGAGAAAAUACAGCCCAACCCUCCCUCAUCUGGAUUCAUUGGUAUCCUCAUCAUGAUGUCAAUGUGCCAGACGGUGCAUGUGUAUGAAUAUAUUCCUUCCUACAGGCAAACAGACCUUUGUCAUUAUCAUGAACAAUACUAUGAUGCAGCUUGUACCCUGGGAGCCUACCACCCAUUACUGUAUGAAAAAAUGCUUGUCCAAAGGAUUAAUCAAGGGACAGAAGACAAUCUUCUGAGAAAAGGGAAAGUAAUAUUGCCAGGAUUCAGCUCUAUACAUUGCCCAAUAAAGGAUCACAUUACAUAAGACAGGAGGGAGUGCAUUGUUUUUUAAAAAAAAAUCAUGUGCAAUAAUUUGCUACUGUUGAAAUGUCAACUAAAAUACUUGAAACAAGAAUUACUGAGACCAAAACGAAUUGGUCUAUAAACUGGUGGGCAUCUAAAUGCCUAAACCGAGCCAUGGACGUAUAUAUAAAUGCUUUGCGAUGAGUAAAGCAAGCUUAGCUGAUGGGUGAAGCAAGUCGGUGUUAUUUAGGCAGAAGCCAAUAUUCUGUUGUGGAUCAGAAAGGAAUGCUUUGGUUGAUUUAUAAUGUGCCAUUUUUUUAAGCUAUUUUUAGGAAACAGUUCUCAUUUGUAUUGGCCGUAUACGAUAGAGCAAGCAUAGAGUAACUCAGCAGAUGCCCAUGUGACCUACUGUUGUUACUUAGUAACAGUAAGGUUGAAAAAAGACACACAUCCAUCAAGUUCAACGUUUUAAAUCUAUAUAUAACCUGCCUUACUGCCAGUUGAUCCAGAGGAAGGCAAAAACAAAACCCCAUU